AUGGCGCAGCACCAGCACCACGUCGGAGCAGCCGUUCUUGUGACGUUGUUGCUCUGUGUCCUCACGCCAAGCGUGCAGGCCCAAGGUAUGGGUGCCACCGUCGACACAAGGAACUUUGUUUCCGCUUUCUCUAGAUCAAUUCCUAUGUUGCAAAAUGUCUGGUUUGGUACGGAUGUCUGCAAGUUCACCGGUGUUACGUGCGAUAACGACGGUUUUGUUCGUCUGAGGCUUGGUGACGUUUCAUUUGGUGGCCAACCGCUCACUGGUACGCUUCCUCAGCUGGACUCCACAAUAAACCCUGACAACGUGCAUGUGCGUGAGAUCAACAUGAGGGGCAUGAAGAAGAUCACUGGCCCUUUUCCAGACACCUGGGCAAGGCUGGUGAAUCUUGAGUCCCUCGACCUGAGCAACACGGGGCUGGGCGGCAUGAUCCCGAGCAGCUGGAACGGAAUGAGCAGCCUGAAGAAUGUUGCCAUCAGCGGCACGAAGGCCUGCANCCGAGCAGCUGGAACGGAAUGA